AUGGAGGUGGCUAUGGUGGACUUUGAGAGUCUGGACGACAUCGACAGCAGCCUGGGAAACCCCAAUAAUUUGGGCGUGCCUCAGUCGCCCCUCAUGCCAGCCCACAGCAGGAGGGGGCACCCUAGAUGUGCCAGCAUCAUCACCAACUGGCAGAAGUUGCUUAAUAGUGAGACCCAGAUGCAGAGCGAGACCAUCUUCAGCCAGCUGGCUAAGGAGUGCUGUGAGGAUCUGUUUGUGGACAAGACAGGUGUAGACGACGGAGGCCAAAAGGUCAUCAUCAACAUCGCCGGGCUACGAUUCGAGACGCAGCUCAAAACCCUCAACCAGUUCCCCGAGACCCUUCUGGGGGACCCUAGGAAGAGGGUGGACUACUUUGACCCCAUGAGGAACCUGUAUUUCUUCGACAGGAACCGGCCCAGCUUCGAUGGCAUCCUGUACUACUACCAGUCAGGAGGGAAGAUCCGUCGGCCGGCCAACGUUCCACUGGAUGUGUUUGCUGAUGAGAUCGUCUUCUAUGAGCUGGGGAGCGACGCCAUGGAGCAAUUCAGAGAGGACGAGGGCUUCAUCAAGGAAGUGGAGAUCCCUCUCCCGACCAAUGAGAUGUAUCACCAGUUCUGGCUGCUGUUCGAGUACCCCGAGAGUUCUAACGCGGCACGCGGCAUGGCGCUGGUCUCCGUGUUUGUCAUCGUUAUCUCCAUCAUCAUCUUCUGCCUGGAGACGCUGCCGGAGUUCCGGGAAAACUCCCUGGACCCCGUCCUACCCACCACCGUCACGCAUCUGAUGUCUUUGGAUGGGAGCCAAUCGCUGGGCGGCCUGUUCCUGCCCUCGGCCUCGGCCAAGCCCAAAACCAUCACCUCCACGUUCUCCGACCCGUUCUUCAUCAUCGAGACGGCCUGCAUCGUCUGGUUCUUCUUCGAGCUGGCUGUGCGCUUCGUGGUUUGUCCCUCCAAGAGCGACUUCUUCCACAACCUCAUGAACAUCAUCGACAUUGUCUCCAUCAUCCCGUACUUCGUCACCUUGGUAACAGAGCUGGUCACCACCCCGGACCAGAACUCCAGCCAGGCAAUGUCUCUGGCCAUCCUUCGAAUCAUCCGCCUGGUCAGGGUGUUCAGGAUCUUCAAGCUGUCCAGACACUCCAAGGGGCUCCAGAUUCUGGGCCAGACACUGAAGGCCAGCAUGCGGGAGCUGGGCCUGCUCAUCUUCUUCCUCUUCAUCGGAGUCAUCCUCUUCUCCAGCGCCAUCUACUUCGCCGAGGUGGACGAGCCCAGCACGCAGUUCGUCAGCAUCCCCGACGGGUUCUGGUGGGCUGUGGUCACCAUGACUACAGUGGGCUACGGCGACAUGUGCCCGAUCACCAUGGGGGGAAAGAUGGUGGGGACACUCUGCGCCAUCGCUGGCGUGCUGACCAUCGCCCUGCCCGUCCCCGUCAUCGUGUCCAACUUCAACUACUUCUACCACCGGGAGACGGAGCAAGAGGACAAGCAGCCGAUGGCAGACACAGCAGAGCUGGCCAUGAAGGCCUCAGGAGACAGUAAGCAUGGGAGUAGCACUUCUCUGAACAAAACCAAUGGGACCUGGCAGGGAAACUAG